UUUACUACCGGUUUGAAUUUAAUUGGUUAAAUUACAACAAAAUCAACACUGCAAAGGUGUUUUUAACAGUAAAAUGGAGAACGAUAUAUUAGAUUCACUUACCGACUUGGGCUACGAUGGUCCCCUCUCCGAUGAGGUGGCAUUUUCGAAAGCUCUUGACGGUGGGCCCAAAUCGUUAGAGUUCACCAAACUGGUCCACAUACUAGCCGAAGAACUAAAGAAGCUGUUACAACUCGAAGAGACUGUCAACAUGAUGACCAGCGUAGACGAAUCUAGUUCGUUUUUGCUAGAAUUGAGCUCAUUUUUGAAGGAGUUGGGUUGUCCUUACAAAAAGCUGGUUGUAGGACACAUGUCAGCCCGACUUCAAAGCAAGGAGGACCGACUUCUGCUGCUAGACUAUCUGGUGUCGGAGCUGAUGGCAGCGAGAAUGCAGCGCGUUGACUGCCCCAAGGAGAAGUCUACGUCUGGCAUGGACAUUAUUGUGCAAGAGUCACCAACUGCGAAGAACCUGAAAGACAUUCUUAUAGCAUUGAAGUUUAACAAGCCUCCACCGAACAUCACCCCCGAAGUGCUAUUCGCUAAGUUAGAAGCCAAACUAAAGGACACCAUUCAGAAAGACGUAUUAUCUGAAACACCUAAGCAAGCGUCUUCAAGUAAGAAACCCGCUGAAGAAUUAGGCAACAACAGCAACCUGACCACGGACCCCGUCACCAGGGAAAUACUCGACAUAAUGGAAACUAUUAAGAAUAUCAGGACUAAAUUCCAAUCUUGCACAUCAAUGUUCGACAAAAUCAUCUGCCUUAUCACAGCUAGGGACACCCAAGUGCCAACUAGCGUGCAUCACGACAGUCCUCGUAAGCUGCCGAGUUAUAUUAAAAAGCUUAUACGUCAAAAGAACGCUCUGCGCAACCGAGAGCAAAAGCUACCUCGUGGUGACUUAAAGAGGCAAUUGCGCUCUUUGGUUAACAAAAUCCAGGCAUGCAUACGAAGCCUCAUUACAUACCAUCAAGACAAGAUCUGGAACGAUAAACUGGCGAAGGUCGACAAUGCUAACUCUGACCUCUGGCGACUCACUAGGUCCUUUCAAUCCAAUUCUUCUAUCAUUCCUCCGUUAAAAAGACCUAAUGGUACUCUUGCCACUUCGGCUGUUGAACAAGCAAAUGAACUUGCCUUAGCAUUUAACUCAAAUAUGUGCCUUACUAAGGAUUGGUGCAGUGACAAAGUCAUUGAAAAUAAGGUGCUUGCUUCAAUGAAUGUUCUGGAUAGUCACAAAGACAAUGUUCUCCAAUACCCAUGGUCCGAUCGCCUCAAAACCAAGAAGGACGUCAUCCAAUCCACGUACCGUCCGAAACGCGAGCAGCUCAAAGUCAAGCCGGACGUCCGGCUGUCCGACUUCCUAGCGGCUCGGACAUCGCUGCUUCAAGUUGAGAAAACCUCCAGCGUAUCUGUCCGGAAGAACACAAGAAGUGAUGUCAAUAAAGUUGUCAUAGGACAGGUUCCCGACAGAGGAGGGAGGCCAAACGAACAACAGCCUCCACCUCCAGAAAUGCCUUCGUGGCAGCAGCGGACUGCGGGCCCUCAGGUAUACGGGAUUCAUCAUCAUCAUCAUCUUCCUCCUACUAAUAUGAUGACAGAAUUUAAGGAUUUACCCCAGGAAGGCACCCACGGCGAAGAAUCUAGACCGCUCUUUCCCGCGUAUUCUGGAGACAAAGGAUGCCAAAAGUCAGCUUCAAAGGACCUUGCCAAACUCGUACAAAUACCGACCGCUUCACCGAGUGAUCUUCCGACCACUUUACCGAGUGACCUACCGACCACUUCACCGAGUGACCUACCGACCGCUUCAUCGAAUGACUUACCGACCGCUUCACCGAGUGAUCUACCGGAUCGCUUCACCGAGUGA